AUGACACUUGUAGUCGAUUCCCUGUGCCUCGUCGGUUCGGAGACGCACACACUUCACUCGUCAAUAAAUAAUCAAUUGCGAAACCUCCGAGAUCCGCCAGUUGAAUCCAUGCGGGGACAAUACAGCCAAGCGAACGUGGAACGCGCUAACGAGGUUUAUGAAACCAGCACCCUACUCAGUCUUGGACCAAAAUUCGCUAUUCCAACAGAUGUCACGAUUCCGAGAAACCUUUUCCAUAUCAUCGCCGACGUCGAAUCAAUCCUUAACACCUCACCAUACAAGACCGUUCGAGAUUACACCAGAUGUAAAAUAACAACCGCCAUACAAAACCACAUCUCGAGGACACGAUCAAAACAGAUGGAAAGUCCAUUAGAAAAAUUCUGCAAACAUGCUGUUACUACAACAAGGAAGUUUUUGGAAGAACACCGUGAUAUUGUGGUCGUCGAAUCAGAUAAGGGAAAACGUAUGGUAGUGAUGUGUAUGGAGGAUUAUGAACGUAAAAUGACACUCCUACUAACCGACUCCACCUACAAGACACUACCCAAGGAUCCAACUCAAUCAACACAGCGACACAACAAUGCCUUAGUAAAACGAUUGAAUAAUCUAAACCUGAUAGAUCAAACAACAGCCAAUCGAUUAAACAGCUCAACAGCCACGUGUCCACGCAUUUAUGGCCAACCUAAAGCGCAUAAAGAAGGAAUACCACUACGACCAGUGGUCCCGAACAUUAACGCACCAACAUACCAACUCUCUAAGUUCAUCGCUACAAUUCUAUCAAACAGCUUCCAUAGUAACUAUAACAUCACUGACAGCUUUAUGUUUGUUCAAUACAUCAAGGCUGUCACUUUACCAGCCGGUUAUGUCCUGGUAUCCUUUGAUGUCGUGUCGUUAUUCACGAACAUCCCAAAGGACCUAGUGAUGCAUGACAUCAUUAUGAACUGGGACCAACUCGGAAAGACAACUAACAUCUGUUUGGACAUUUUCCUCGAAUUAGUAUCUUUUUGCCUAGACAAUAGCUACUUUCAAUUUCGAGACAAGUAUUAUCAACAAACGUUUGGAACAGCUAUGGGCAGUCCUCUCGCCUAUACUGGCAGAGCUGGUUAUGGAAACACUACUGCGGACUGUGACAAAGAGACUGAAAUUUCCCAUUCCAGUUCUCAAAAAUACGUGGAUGAUCUCAUCCUGGCAUUACCACCGACCAAAUUGAAAAUACCGUCCAAAUAUUCAAUAGUUACAAUCAGCACAUUCAGUUUACUGUAG